AUGCCACUUCGGGGCUCACCAGCCCCUGCCCGCCCGGAGACCCCUGUUCCACUGACCCCUGCCACUCUGGGGACCCAGCCCACAACCCCAGCCUUCCCGGGGCCCCCAGUCCCACUGACUCCAGCUCAACGGGGGCCUCAUGCCCAGCUGCCCCCACCGCCUGCCCGAGACCCCAAGCCCCUCGAUCCUCCCUGCCCGCGCCCCAUCCCACGCCUGUGGCUCUCGCCUCCCGGGGCACCGUCGCCUGCCCGCCUGCCCACCUGCCUCCCCCUGCCCACCGCCCCGCGCCCUCCCGCAGCCCCCCGCUCCCCAGCUCCACUCACGGCGCACCGGGACGAGCGGCUCCCGCCGGCAGCGGCGGACAAAGCGGCGGGGCGGCGCGCCGCCGCCUCCCGCCGAACAAAGGGGCCCGGGGCCGCGCCGCCCCGCCCCGCGCCCCCCCGCCCGCCGGUGCGUACCGACCGUCCCGCUCCGCACCCCCGCCCCGCCCCGCACCGGCCGGCCCGCUCCGUUGCCAGUGCCCCGCUCCGCGCCGGCCGCGCCACGCGGCGCGGAGCUCUGGCCCCGUUCCGGCCGGUCCCGCACCCCCCGGGCGGUGCCGCCCUCGGUCCCCCCCGCCCGCGGCUUGGGAGGCCGCGCAGGACUGUGGGCAGGGGCCGGCGCCGGCCGAAACUCGCCCGGAGGCGGCUCCCGCCCCACCAGUUCCAUCCAGCCGCCGGCUGUCCGGCUCCCGCCCUCGGCCCCGCGCCCCCGCGGAGCCAUUGGCUCCCGGGAGGCCGCUCCCGGGAGGCGAAGCGAAGCGGAGGCUUCCUGCCCACCGCAGGAGAACACUCAGAACCGCGGGUGCGGCUCAGCCCGCGGGGUGUUCCGGGGUGA